UGGCCACAUGCUGUCUAAACUCUCGAGCUAAAACGUGCCCGAAUAAAUCUCUUGCGUUAUUUGAUCAUUUUCCCUUUUCUUUUGAACAACCAAAGUGUGCAUAUUUAAAUUCAACUGUAGUAAAAGUGUGAAGUGUUCUCUCGUGGGUACAUGUGGGUGUGGGGUGAAAAUGUAGGAAGUAACUUUUCAGCUUUCCUCUGACGACAAGCAGCAGGAGAGAAGACGUCACACAAAUCUUGAAAACUUCUUCUACAUACUUCCCAUUUCUUUUUAUAAGGAACAUAAUCGUCGCCAAAGUUGCUUCGUCGUCAUUUCAAAGUGAACUCGAGUGAUUUAUUUGCCUACUUUCACCGGGAAAAGCAGGUGAAGAAAAGCAGGUGAAGAUAGCCCCCCUUACCUGGCGUCGUGUCAUUAGAUUCGAACGAAAAAGAAGAAGUGCUUCUUCAAGAUGAUAUGAGUGUAAAUUCCUAAAGAAUGAGUACUUCGGAUGGAGAGGCCCGUGUUGUGCAGAUCUACCAGAGGCUGUGUCAGGAUGCGGCUGCCCACUGCCCGCUGCAGGUGGCUGCGGGAGACACGGCCGCAGAGGUGGUCUUCAACGCCGUGGUCUCUCUGGGGCUGGCCGCCGACCGCCGUUACAGCCUGCUGGAGGUGAGGACGAGCAACGAUGAGAAGCGGCGGCUGCGUGUCGAUGACUUCCCCCUGGAGAGGGUCCUGUUGUGGCCCCCGGAGGCCCAAAAGAGGCACCCGCAGAGUCUCGGGUACUACUUCAGCCUGGAGGAGACGCCGGCCGAGAAGACGCCGGCGGAGGCGUACGACGACCUUUGCGGCCUCCCCGCCGUCACAGAGGAUGCCGUCGUGGAAGCUUUACGCUCUCGUUUCCUCGAGCACAAAAUUUACACGUAUGCCAGCAACAUCUUGGUUGCGCUCAACCCCAAUAAGUUCCUGCCGGUGUACUACAACCCAAAGUAUGUCAAACUGUAUGAGAACCAGCCGCUGGGCAAGCUCAGCCCGCACAUCUUUGCCAUGGCCAACCUGGCCUACAGGACCAUGCUGAACUGCAAGGCCAACCAGUGCAUGGUGAUGUCCGGUGAGAGCGGCUCAGGAAAGACUGAGAGCAGCAGCUAUCUGGUCCACUGCCUCACGGCGCUCAGCCAGCAGACGUACUGCAGCGGCAUGGAGCGUGCUAUCCUCGGCGCCAGCCCUGUGCUGCAGGCUUUUGGCAACGCAAAAACUGCAGCAAACAACAACUCCAGUCGCUUCGGGAAGUUCAUCCAGCUCAACUACCUGGAGAGCGGCGUCAUCCGAGGGGCGGUGAUCAAGAAGUACCUACUUGAAAAGUGCCGGCUGAUUGACAGAGAUAAAAGGGAGAGGAACUACCAUGUCUUCUAUUACCUGCUGGCGGGAGCAUCCAAAGAUGAGCGGGAGGAGUUUUGUCUGCUGGCGCCUCAGGAUUAUCUCUACCUCAAGCAGGAAGACCUCCACUUGGGCGAUGACGAGAAGCUCGUGCAGGAGUACAAGAGGCUCCAUCAAGCUAUGGAGAUGGUCGGCUUCUUGCCCUCUACUAAGAAACACAUAUUUUCCACACUCUCCGCCAUCUUGCUUUUGGGCAACGUGAGCUUCACUCUGCCGGCCAACAAUGAAGCUUUGGAGGUGGGGCCGGCUGACAUCUUGGCCACCUUGUCAGACCUCCUCAAGGUUAAAAAGGAGCUGCUGGUGAAGACUUUAACCGAGAGAAGAGUCUUAAAUGGCAGUGACACGGUGUUUUCACGCUACACGCUACAGGAAGCCCUGGCAGCACGGGACUCCAUGGCAAAGUCUUUGUAUGCUGCUCUCUUUGAUUGGAUCGUCCUUCACAUCAACCAUGCUAUGCUCAACAAGCGGGACGUGGAGGAAUCCAUUUCUUGUUUGUCCAUUGGGGUCCUGGAUCUGUUUGGCCUGGAAAACCUGCACACCAACACUUUUGAGCAGCUGUGCAUCAACUACAGCAACGAGAAGCUUCAAUGUUACAUUAACCGACAAAUCUUCACUCGUCAACAAGAAGAUUAUGAGGCCGAGGGCCUCAGUUGGCAACGUUUUGAGUACAGUGACAACAGCAAGUGUAUUCAUCUGAUCAGUCAAGGCCUCUUCAGCAUGUUGGACGAGGAGAGCAACCUCCCACAAGCGACAGACGAAGCGCUGUUGGACAAGUUAGCGCUGCAGCUCAAAGACAACGCGCUCUUUGCAACCUCCGUGGAUUGCGAGUCGUCGUUUGUUAUUCACCACUUUGCCGCCAGUGUUACAUAUUGCAUCAAGGGCUUCUUGGAGAAAAACACGGAGCAUGUGAAGGCUGAAGUCGUAUCUCUUCUCCGCGGCAGCGAGCGGGCGUUCCUGCAUAACCUGGUGGCGUCCAGUCCUGAGGCGGCAUUCCGUUGGGGCGUCCUCCGAGCCAUCUUCCGCAUCCUGGCAGUGUUUAGGGGCUUAGGACACAAGCGCGUGGAGAAGAUGGCCGCCCGACAGGCUUCCCGUAUAUCUCUCAAAGACAUGAAACAAAGGACCAGCCACAUCGACAGAAAUUCCAGCAACUCCUACACGCUGGACUUCUCCUUCGAUCGCUCUGACGAACAGCCACUUGACGUCUUUGAGGACAUCUUUACCAAUUUUGAAAAGAGGAAGAAAAGUAGAGCUGGUCGACGGAAGCAGCUUAUUCCAAAGAAUCUCAUGAAUUUGCGCUCACUCCAGCACGUCGUGGGUCUUGCGGAGCACAAUCUCACCCGUGCAGCCACCUGUCGACCUGCGACUUUGACCGUUUGCGCUCAAUUUCAGGCAUCACUCACAAAGCUGAUGGACACUGUUAAAAAAGCUGAGCCUUUCUUUAUUUUCUGCUUGCGCUCCAAUGCAGAAAAGAAAGAAUUUCACUUUGACGAUGAGCUCGUGCGCCAGCAAAUCCGGUACAGAGGCCUCCUGAACAUGAUUCAAGUGCAGAAGUCGGACUACAAUGCCAAAUUUUCUUUUAAGGAAUUUGUUGAAAAAUUCCGAAUGUUGCUUCCGAAAGGGGCCACCGAGUCCCCUGAACACAUCACUGAGCUGUUGACCCGAAUGGGCUUGGAUCAAACCACCUACCAAAUUGGAAAAACAAAGGUGUUCCUGAAAGAAAAGGAGAGGCAGCUGCUGCAAGACACCCUGAACAAGGAAGUGAUGCGUCACAUCAUAGUCCUGCAACGCUGGUUCCGUGCAUGUCUGAUCAGGAUGCACUUCCAGCAGAAGAGAGAUGCCUCGGUUAUUAUACAGAGGAAUUGGCGUGAGUUUCACGAGAACCGAAGUAAAGCCGCCUCGGUCAUUCAGACGGCGUGGCGGGCUUCGCUCAAAAGGUCGGAGAAAGAGCACAAAACAAGCUGUGAAGACAUUUCAAAAGAAGUUCGACCCGCCCGAGCCAGCUCAUCAAGAAAAGGAUUACGUCGGCAGCACAAAGUGGAGGUGAGCCCAAAUAGAAGCGAGCAAGCUGACACAGUCAACGGUCAAGAUGGGCGAGAGGGUCGCGUUUCUCCGCCACCCCUCAACCGGCCGCUGUCCCUGCCUUUGGACCCCAGAGUGGGUAGCGACACGACUGGCACCACUGACUCCCCUAAGAGCAGCUCCCUCCAGCGCUACAAAGACACAGGCGACUUUAAGGAGAAAGCUGAAAGGUGGCGGGACAAAAUGAGCGACGAGUCCAGUCCAGAAGUGAGCAGGCGGCAAGACAAAUGCAAAGAUGACCUCCGGUGCAAGGGGAAGUCCAUGUCCGUUGAUGAACUUUCCAAAAUGAGCUCAUCCGGCUCCGAUAGCUCACCGUCUACAAGAGAGGUCAGGGUGCGUUUGCGCAAAAAUCCAAAGCGCAAACGGCGCUUAGCCUACGCCCGCAGUGGCUUGAUGAUUAACUUUGCUGGCUCCAAGGAGAGCGAAUACUGGAGUUUUCCACUCCCCCCCUUCAGCCCCCGCAAGUCCACCUUGAAGACUUCGGCCAGUAGUGCGGACGUCCGUGCCCUCAAAUCUCGGGUCAAGUUCUCUGCAGAGCCGGACGGGUCCAGGUACAGCCUUCCUGCCAGAAGCCCCAACAAAGAUUCAGGACAACAACAAUCCAACCAAUCGCAACUCACCACCCCUGAAAAGAUUUGGUUUCUUAGUAGGUUCUUGCGAAAGCGGGCGCCUAAGUCACCCGCCAGCAAUGACACUCCCCUGCAAGAUAAAGUUGACUCAGGUCGGGUGGCUGGCAACCCAAAUAUCAAAAUCAGUCGGACUACGCGGGCCCUGCGCUGGAAUGUCUCACUGGAACGCGAGAUCCAAGACCCCAAAGAGCUGCGCAACCUGGAUGAAUUUCUCGGCAACCAAAUGAAUGACUUGCGAAUGCGAAUCAAAGACCUGUCACAGACAGAGAGCAUCUUCCUCUCGGCCACCAUGCAGUUCAGAGAUACCAUUAAAAGCAUGUUCUCUUUGCAGAAACCUCAGAUCGGCUACAAAGAUCUAAUGAAAGGCUACCAUAACAAAGUCAGCUCUCUGGCCGGCUCCAAGAAUAAGAACGAAGUGUCGCUUGUGGUCAACUUGUUCCAGUCGAUGCUGGAUGGUUUCAUCAGGGGCGAGAUCAAGAGGAUGGACUCGGAUCCAGUCAAGGCUACCAAGACGACAAAGAAGAGAAGGAAAAAGGACAAAUGUCCUGAUGGUCCUCUUGAUCACCGCUUCAGCACCUACCAAGUGAACAUCAUGCAGUCAUGUGACCUGUGCGGCUCCUACAUCUGGGGAAUGGAGAAAGCCUACAUGUGCAGCUCGUGCAAGUUGAUAUGUCACAAGAAAUGCCUGAAAAAAAUCAUCACUGACUGCUCGACACGCUGCGCCCGGCAGGAUGACAGCGUACCCGGCGGCCUUCACUUCGGGGUGCACGUUUGCGUCCUGACCAACAAGGCCAACCCCAUCCCCAAGGUAGUGGAGCUGCUGCUGAUGCACGUGGAGAUGAACGGCCUCUACACCGAGGGCAUCUAUCGCAAGUCGGGCUCCACGUGCCGUGCUCGGGAACUCCACCAAAUCAUGGAGAUCGACCCUGAGGCGGUCAAUCUGGACAACUACCCCAUCCACACCAUCACAGGCCUGGUGAAACGUUGGCUCCGAGAGCUGCCUGACCCGCUCAUGACUUUUGCUCUCUACAGUGACUUCCUGCAUGCUGUGGAGUUUCCAGACAGGGCUGAGAGAAUACGGGCCGUGUACCAAAAGGUCGAUGAACUUCCCCUGGCCAAUUACAACACACUGGAGCGGCUCAUCUUCCACCUAGUCCGUGUGGCCAACGAAGUGGAUUACAACAAGAUGACGUCAAGUUCCCUCGCUAUCGUCUUCGCCCCGUGCAUCCUGCGCUCCCCCAACUCAGACGACCCCUUCCUCGGCAUGAAGGACGUGGCCAAGACAACCACGUGCGUGGAGAUCCUCAUCUCUGAGCAGUUCAGGCGCUACAAGGAGAAGCUGCAGAAUAUCCAGGAGCUGGAGUACGCUGAAGCCUUGGCUGUCAAUCAACUCAAGCUGAAGAGACAAAACACAAUUGUGGAAGAACCGUGUAAAAUGGAAAUUCCUGACGAGACUGAUUCGGAAGAAAGGACUCUCAUUGAAAGAAUCAAGUCCAUCAAGCAGGAAAAAUUGGACCUGGCCUGCAGAUUACCCGAUCUGGAGCAGGAGAACUCUGACAAUGAGAUCCUGGACUCGUCGUCGUCCAUGAGCACGGAGAGUCUGGAAGAUCGCCUCGGCAGUCUAGACUCGGAAGCAAAGACAAGCAAAGUCAGACACAUGCCGGAGGACAUCAUCAAGCCCGAGUGCUUCGAUGCUUCCAACUCUCCUCCCACCAUGGUCAGCAAACAAGCGUUCAGUGGUUGCUUUGACCAUUUGGAAAUUCCUUACAUUGAUGAAGAGGAGAAAGAAAAGGAGGAAGACGCGACAAGCAGUUAACGCCACCCUUGUUGUGGUGUGCACUUUAGUCUUGCCAGUGCUGCUAUAGAAAACCCUGAUAAACGUACAGCACAUGUCACCACAAUCAUUUUUUCACUUUUAGAGUGACACACCUAAAAGCAUAUGCAGCACCGCCAGAGCAUUUGAUGCAAUCUGCAGUGCCAUUCUGAAGAGAAAUAAAACAUCACAGAAAUAUUUGACCCUUAAAAUAAUGAUUAAUGUAUUUUUUCCAUCAAAUUUAGUAUGCCCCUUGGAGGACCUCCCUACCUCUUUGAGAGAAACCCAUUGUAUUGUAUCUUACUGGUAACUCAAUGUUUGUCAAGGUACUAAAUAUGGACAAUUUCCACAAGGAUGAGAUAUGGGCGACAUGAUCCCAAAACAAUACUGUACAAAAAUAACAAAGUAUUGUACAUAGUAUUUCCAGCUGCUGUUUUGUUGUUUCGCAUUGACUGAUCGUAUUAACAUAUUGUUGCCUUUUAGACUGACAUAUUUCCUGAUAGGAGAUGUACAGGCAUGUACAUGAACAUAUCUGUGGCAAGUUAACUAAUUUUGACCCGCUCCAUGAAAUAAACUUAUUUUUUUCUCA